GGCGGGGUGGUAGUCCUCUGCUCCCGCUCUACUAGUGGCAGCUGCCUGUCUGUAAAGCCCAGGUUCCCAGAUGCUGAAGGGUGGGACCCUCAGGACUGUGGCUGUCACAGCAGGUGUGACAAUCGCCCUGUCUCAUGCAGGUGGAAUUCUGCAAGUCCUUUGGGGACCCAACAAAGCCCGAGCCUGGAGCAAACAUGCCCAGAGACCAAGGCAGCCUGAGCAGCCCUCACAAGGCUCUGUCCCCCCGGAAAUUAAGAAGGAUGACAAGAAGAAAAAGGCCCCACGUGAACUGGAGCAGCUGAAGGAAGACACCGAGUUCCAGAAGUUCCUUUCAGUUCACCAGAAGCGGACACAGGUGGCCACUUGGGCAAAUGGUGCCCUGGACACUGAGCCCCCAGAAGGGAAGAGCAAGCCGGCCAGUGACUACCUGAACUUUGACUCUGAUUCUGGGCAGGAGAAUGAGGAGGAGGCCGCAAGGAGAAGCUGGUAGGUGAGGCUUGGGCGC